AGUCAAAGCGUCACCUCCUGCGCCUCCGCAAUCCGACAGAGGUAAAGCGACACGCAAAGAGGCACAGGAGAGAAAACUUUCUUUGCUUCUUCUCUCGGUCACUCGGAAUCUUCACAGUUACUCCGCGCUGCUGAUGUGGCCACCGGCAAGCCUCAGCAAUUUAUGUACGACUAUUUAUAAAGGAAAGGUUCACGCACACACAAGUUCAUUCGCAGUCGCCCCCCUACCCACGUUGACAUAUUUUUUCUCAUAGAAUUCUACAGUAAACCUCCACCUUCAUACACAAUAGAAGAUCUACAAAAUACUUAAAGUCUUUCAUAGAAGAAUCGUUUUAUAACUAUCGUCUCCGCCUUCAUCUGCCUGUUUUCAUUGGCUUCAUUUGAAGAGGACACCUCCGUCAUGCUGAAGCGCUUUCCUAUCCAGCCGAGCGGGAAAGGUGCGCUGACGCUGCUGAGGCGGUCAGCCGCACCCUCUACCGCCAAUCUCCUUCACUCCCCACACGGCACCAGAAGUCUGACGCUACGCGCCCUCACCUCCGCGCCGCUCCUGCGCUGUCGCGUGCCCCUCCUCCGCCGUUGCUGCACUGCGGUGACGACGACGACAACAGCGAUGACAACGGCGUCUGCCAUCCUCACUCAGCCAUGCCGCACCAUCAGCUUCUCCUACGCCACGGCAGUUCCGUGUGUGCGCUUUGAUGUCAGCACCAAAGUUCUUGCACGCAUCACAAACCAGCCAACCCUGCCGCCUUCCGCCAACAUCUAUGUUAUCGAUGUACGCAAGAAGCACAACAAGACGAAGAAACCGAACCCGCGGCGAAUCAUGUCGAAAGUUAUCGCCGCCCACCGAGCUGAGAAGACGAAAGCGGCGGUGGAGAUGGACGCCGAUGACGCCUACACGCCUCCACUGAUCUUCCUCGUGAAGACCGAUGAUACGACGAAGCAGGCAGCGCACAGGCAGCACGUGAUGGAUGAACAGCUGACCUCACUGGGCGAAUUUGGCGAGUUUCGUGUCUGCGUGCUGAGUGGACCGAAGUCGCGUCACUGGUCUCAGUACGUCGCGUCCGAGGAGAAGGACGGUGAGUCGAGCACAGCGGCAACGCAGCCACCUCCCCUUCCUUCCUUGGCAAAUCCCUCGGAAGCUGCUGCUGCUGGUGCGGUGGCCGCAGCGCAACUCAGCCCGAACACGGGCAAGACGACCAGUUCGGCGCCAGCUAGCAGCCUCAACAGCGAGGGGACUGUAAUAGCGGCGGCGAGCUCCGCUGCUGUUCAUGUAGAAGGGGAAGGCGUUGAUGCAGCAGCCAACGACGGCACAGCCGGAGACGAGGAGGAGUGGGAGGAGGUCGAGGAGGAGGUCGAGGAAGACGAAGAUGAGAUGGAAGUCGGUGUGCCAGAAGUGCAGCCGCGCCAGGACGAAGUCGUUGAUGAAAGCGGAAAAGACGCGGAUGCUAUUGAAUCCCCCUCGUUGGAUGAGGUUGAUGAUGUCACGGCUGCUCAUGCUUCCGUACCCGUAGAAGGAACGCCUUCAUCUUCCUCUAGUUCUUUGCGGUCCAGCAAUGACGCCCGUGUUCGGUACGAGGACGAACACUUCGUGGAUGACGGCGCAGGGGCUUCUGCCCAUCUUUAUCGGCACAACAUCCCCGAGUCGACAACGUUGAAGGGCGGGGGAACACACGAUGUGAUCAUGGAUGCGCAUGAGGAAGGUCAUGCGACAGCGGCAGCGGAGGAGGACGAGGACGAGGACGUAGAAGCGAUCGCGGGGGUGGAUGAGCACACGGAGACCCCACCUGCGACUGCCGCAAAGACGGAAGUCACAGCUCCUUCCUCUUCUCCUUCCUCUUCUCCCUCCCCGCCUCCUGCGCAGCCCGCGGAAGAGGAGAAGGCGUGGGAGGAGUUCGACAUCGACGGCCUACCGAUCGCAGAGGAGGCUACCGGCACCACGCCAAACGUCGCCCGCUCCCCGCGCGAGGCUUCGUCAGCUUCUUUGGCGGAGCCCGCCGUUCCUGCUGCUGCAGAAGUGGCUGAGCCUUCCUCACCUGCCGCGGAAGAUCAUGCGCUGCAUAAGGCGCUGAAGGUGGAGGAGGAAAUGGAGCUCUCUUGCACUCCCUCGACCGAAGCGGCGGGGGAGGUGGAUAAGGUGGCAGAAGCGAACAGCGUAGAAGCGGCAGCGGAAGUGAUGGAUACGGCGCCGGUGGGCAGCAUCGAACCUGCGAAAACGGAGAGCCCACCCGAAAGCCCGUCAGCACUGCCACCGCCACCUCCGCAGCCCACCACACCCAUGCCUGUCUACCCACACGUCGCCGCACGACUGUAUAACGGUGCAUCCACGGCGUACUUAUCGGACCGGGCUCUGCGCGACCUUCCGUUGAAGGGAAACGUGCUCGUCAUCGACCGACUGGACUGGCACGACGGCACCAUCGCCGACAUCGACGCCGCACUCGCGCAGACGGACCCGGUGGCCGGACACGUACUGCUGUACCGCGACGCCUACGCACCACAGUUAGCGUGUGUCGUGAAGGAGAACAUAGUCUUUCGCGAUGCUCUGGUGCCCUUUAUAUUUGCGUUUCGAACGAGCUUGUCGAGGGCGGCUGCACAGACGCAGCAGCGGCGCUUUGUGGAGGCACUGCGUUGUCGUCCACACGGGCUGAGCGUGGAGCAGCAGGCGCUGGUGGCCGGGCAGAAGGACCGCACCUUUGUAUGUGUGUUGUGCGCGGAGGAGAGCGUCAAAGGGGGCGAGAACCCGCUGGAAAACCCUGAUCAACGUUCUCGAGUAGCUGCGCCGAAGCACAAGCAGCAGGACGCCAGAACCGCCACAAGCUCUGACACGCACGAAGAGGAGGAGGAGGAACUUAACGAUGCAGAUGUGCGUGAGACUGAAGAGGCGGCGGAUGCAGCACUGGAUCCGGAUUCCACUGACGCCCUUCAGCGACUGUGGUCAAUGAUAGAUGACGCGCCUGCGUCGUCCAGCUCUGCUGAUGCCGAUGCGCACGGCUCGCCCCACAGCACUGGCGGCAGCGUUAACCGGGACUUGAACGACCAGCCGUCGAGGUCGUCCCUCACGUCAGCAAAAAAGAAAUUUAGCGUCCCUGUUCCCUCCUACGAAAUGGAAGAAGAAGGCUUGGCGGACUACGGAGGUGGCGACGACGGCGGUUACGGCGGCAGCGCUAGCGCCUUUGGACGAUCUGCCGCGAAGAGCGACGAGGACGAUGGAGACGCGCCUGUCGUUCGUCGCGGCAUAAAUGCGCGCUCCUCCAGCGCCCGUCCACGCGACUCCUCCUCCACACCUCCUACAUCGCUUCCGUCGAAGCCGGCACCAGCACCGAUGUCGCUCGGGCUUCUGGGGUUUGAAACGGUCGUUUUCGGCAGGCCGAACGCCUACGCGCAUAUGCAUACGCCAUACGACCACGGUGAGCAGCACCGCGAACGAGGCAGAGAACGGCGUAGUACGGCGCACGCAACAAAGACGCACAGCACGGAAGACAUGAACCACGACGAGGAGGAUGGCCACGGCAGCGUGCACGGUGCGGUGGACCACUCCGUGGUCGACGCGGCGACGCACGAGGCCGACGGCGGUUCUGCUUUAACGUUUGCUGCAGCGUCCGACUUGGAUGCACCGGAAACGAAGGGGGCUACUUCGGAGUCGAAGAAACCGAGAAGCUACUCUUCGCGAAGGAUAAAACGGAGUAUUUCUACGCGGCGUUGGUCAGGAGAGAAGCAGAAGAGUAAAGCGGCGAGGAAGAACGAUGACGCCGCGGCCGCUGCAGCUGCCGCAGCGCAGGCGCAGGCCGAGGACGCUGCCAUCGAGGAUUUUAUUCUCAGGCUGUAUGAGGACAACGACAAGAAGAGUGCGAAGACUGCGAAACGCAAAAAGGCAUCGGCGGCGACGUCACGGAGAAGCGGCGGCGGCGGUGCAUCGGCGGUUCCAUCCGCUCGGUCGCUGCUCAAGUCUGCCGGUCGCAAGAAGAAAAAAACGUAA